GGCGGGGCCCCGCCGUCGCGUCCGAGCCCGCCAAGCCAGACCCCAGCGAGUCCAGGAGUCGGCCGCUGGACCUCCAACCACACCGACAGCCAGCCAUUCUCCCCCGACGUCGUCGCCAGUGUCGGCGAUGCGCCCCGAGAAGCCAUGCUGUCGUUCAUUUUGAUCCAGAACCGCCAGGGCAAGACCCGUCUGGCAAAGUGGUACGUGCCGUACAGCGACGAGGAGAAGAUAAAGGUCAAAGGCGAGGUCCACCGCCUCGUCGCGCCGCGCGACCAAAAGUACCAGUCCAACUUUGUCGAGUUCCGCAACAACAAGCUCGUCUACCGCCGCUACGCCGGCCUCUUCUUCUGCGCCUGCGUCGACACAAACGACAACGAGCUCGCCUUCCUCGAGGCCAUCCACUUCUUUGUCGAGGUGCUCGACGCCUUCUUCGGCAACGUCUGCGAGCUCGACCUCGUCUUCAACUUCUACAAGGUCUACGCCAUCCUCGACGAGGUCUUCCUGGCCGGCGAGAUCGAGGAGACGAGCAAGACCGUCGUCCUCACUAGGCUGGAGCACCUAGACAAGCUGGAGUGAGCUUCUUGGCCGGUCAGGCGGGCAAGGAGAUACUGCCUCGGGUGGCAUGCAUGCGUGACCUGGACCGUCAAAUCAUGGCCGCCGAUACGGCAGUGGCUUAUCACGCUUGGGCUUGACGAGGACCAUGGGAACAGCCGGUAUGUUCACGGCUACCUAUCUACCUAGGUGGCUAUCAACCUAUUCUAGACACGGUUGGGAAAAGGGCAUCCACAACUGCAUGGGGUAUCUGUAGGGGCAGUCAUGAGCAUGUAUAGAGAUAGCGCGCCACAUCCGUCUAUCUGAUAGAUAGAUACACAACCGCGGGCGCAGUGCCGGAUGCAACUGGAUAUGCGCAUUCGUUCAUAAACCCCCGACUUCCCGAGGGCAAGAACAUUCCCCCGUGCAUCGCCCCUCAACCGUCCUUGCCCCUGUUGAUCACUCAAUCGUGCUUCUUG